AUGCGUCGAUGCUUCACCAUACCAGAAAUCUUCGACUGCAUUCUCCUCAACCUCGACAUUGAAGAGCUACUCUUCGCUCAGCUGGUCCAUACUCAUUUCAAGAGCUUCAUUGAACAGUCGACUGUGCUACAGCAAAAGCUCUUCUUCGCACCAGACCCAACGAGAACCACACCAGAACUACAUCCAAUCCUCAAACGCCGGUUCCCAGUAUUGUUUUCGCUGAAAAAGCCAGACGACGUGGAUUCUUUCUACAAAUUCAAUAAGAUAAUUUGUAACUUGGAUUGGUACACUGAUGAAUUUUAUCGUGAAAGAAUGCUCCAUGAAAAUGCUUCAUGGAGGCGCAUGUUUCCGGUCCAACCGCCUGCAAAGCUCGAGUUAAUAAAGAUUUUCAGUCAUCAUGAGUAUAUAGAUCGGUUCGGUCGCUGUGUCCCUGCUCAGCUUGGAAGCCAGUAUCAGCACCUGCAAGAAACCGGAAUCAAGAUGGGACUCUUGUAUGACCUUGUCGUGCACUUCAAUUCGGAAAAUCCUAUUCCCCGCAUCUACAUCCAUUGGCAAAUGUUUUCAACGGGAAAAGAAGUACCGAGAGUCCGUUCUUUCCGACAACUGAACGAUGGUUUCGACGACCUCUACCAAUUUGAUGCGGAAAAUAAUGAGCCCAAAAACUCGAUUACCUUUUAUUUUCAACACGUGAACUCUUGGGAUGGCUAUAUGGAGUAUGAACCGCUCCUGAAGAUCAACUCACCCUUCAUAUCAAUGGUGGAGGAAGACCCUACCACCCUGUUGAAGUUCUUGAAAACUCCCGAUAUAGACGGGACUUGCUGGGCUAAAUAUUUGAAACCGGAGCGUAGAGCCCGGCUAGAGGAGAGACUCUUGGUGCAACGGCGCAGACCUUUUUUUAGUCGUCAAUAG